UUCCUCAAUGAAAGCGCAGCCGGGCGUUUUGUGUGUGAGUGUGUGAGUGAGUGUGAGUGUGUGUGUGUCCACUAUAAAACUUCAAGCAAAGUCGUCCAGGUGAUAAAAAGCCAGUACGAUAUGCGGCUGUGAUUUGAAGCAGUGUGCUGUGAGACGGGGGUUCAGUGAUAGGGAGUUCUGCGAGGUGUACAGCACUUAACAGAGGGCGUCAUUUAACUGGGAAUGGUUGCUCCUUUUGAUGUAAACGACGUUAACAGAAACAAAUCUGUUGCUGUGAAAGGAGCACAGAAGGCAUGGCUAACUGGUUUUUGUCUAAAUGGAAACUCUGGUUACUAGUUCCACUAGUGUUGGACUCUUUUACUGAUGCCCAAAACCUGAAACCCACACGAUGGCCUCUGUACAAGGGUAAGCCUUUAUUGCUAGCCUGGAAUGCUCCCACUGAGGAUUGCCGGCCACGCCACAAUGUUAAUUUUCAGCUGGACCAGUUCCACAUUGUGGCUUCACCCAAUGAAGGUUUCACCAAACAGAACCUCACCAUUUUCUACAAGGACCGUCUAGGCCUGUACCCAUAUUUUAAUUCUGAUAACAGUCCAGAGAAUGGUGGCCUUCCUCAAAUUGCCAGCCUGACCCAGCACCUUGAAAAGAUGCCUCAAGACAUAGAGAGAUACAUUCCUAACUCAGCAGCAAAGGGCCUGGCCGUCAUUGACUGGGAGGAGUGGCGCCCCCUUUGGAUUCGGAACUGGGAUACCAAGAACGUCUACAGAAACCAGUCGCGGCUCUUGGUGUCCAAAAAGAACCCAACGUGGGAUCAGGGCCAUGUGAAUAAAGUGGCCCAGCAGGAGUUUGAGAUGUCAGGACGCACUUUUAUGCUCAAGUCCCUGCAGUUGGCCAAAAGUCUGCGUCCAAACCAGCUGUGGGGAUUCUACCUGUUCCCUGACUGCUACAACCAUGAUUACCUCAAAAGCCUGGAGAGCUACACGGGCCGCUGUCCAGACCCGGAGAUAGCAAGGAAUGACCAGCUGAGGUGGCUGUGGACGGACAGCACGGCUCUUUUUCCAUCCGUGUACAUAGGUUCAGUGCUGCGUUCAACUGCGUUUGCUUGCCAGUUUGUUCGCAACAGGGUGAAAGAGGGCAUGAGAGUGGCAUCUCUGGGCUCUGACCUGGCACGUCCAGUGUUUGUGUACGUCCGUCCCACGUACAUCGAUGAGCUGGCACUACUUACAGAGACUGACUUGAUCUCCACCAUUGGAGAAAGUGUGGCACUGGGUGCUGCUGGCAUUAUACUCUGGGGCGAUGCCAGUUAUGCAAGCAGCAGUGUCAGCUGUAGCAGUCUGGCUGAGUAUGUCCAGGGACCACUGGGCCGUUACCUUCUCAAUGUUUCCAGUGCAGCUGAACAGUGUAGUCACACAGUGUGCGGCUCCCGUGGCCGAUGUACGCGCAGACAACCUGACGCAGAUUCGUACUUGCACCUGGACCCUCAGAGCCACAGUAUUGUGGAGCGGGGGAAACGCCUGUUUGUCGAAGGGCACAUGAGGCCUGAGGAGCUAAAACGCAUGAGGGAGGAUUUUAUCUGUCAGUGUUUUAGGGGCUAUCAAGGGUAUAACUGUAAGCUGCUGGAUCCCAAGUAUGACAAGGGGAACAAACUGCAUGUAUCGUGGAGCUGCUGUCUUAUCUUUUUGCUGCUCGUGUUACUGAACUGAGACCUGUGGAAUACUGGACACUCAUACAGACUGCUGUGGACAUUUAUACAUUUCUUGUGAGACAAGUGAAGCAUUUGUUUUUGUAAUUUUGUAGAACGCAACCUCGUUGUACAGUUUCUAAUGCUACUUUCAGAUUGCUAAACAGAUUUUUAUUAUAAUUUAAUUUGUUUAAUAUAAAUAUUCAAGGGUGUUCAGGGGAGUUCAGCAAAAUGUCUGGGAAAUCUGAUAGUUGGUUGACAAGUGCUGCCUUGUACAAAUGUCAACCUGAAGAUUUAUGGCAGCUUGUAUGAUAUGAAAUUUGUUACAUGUGUAGAAAGUUAUGCGUGUCCCCCCGUGUGCACACAGCGCUGAUAUGAACACAGGAAAAUUGAUCCAAAUAAGCACUUUUGUUUAUUGUCAUAAAUAACGGAUUCACGACUGACAUCAGAGACUAGUAAACGUGUUUUGUCUGUAAGGGGUAAUUUAAAUUAAUUUUAAUUUAAAUGAAUUAUUCUUGAUAUUAUGUUGUGAAAUAAUGGCACUAUCACUAAAUGACUACUACUAAGACCUUUUGUUUGCUGUCAUAUACACCUGAUUCACACAACUUUUCUAGGUUUACAUUCGCUAUCGCUUUUUAAAUAAAUACACAGCGUGCUGUGAGUCACUUAGUGA